AUGGAUGAUCAAGAGGAGACCCGCGUACGCAUGAAGCGCGAGCUUUCCGAUACCUCCACCGUGGCAGGCGACGACCACAACGUCGAUAGUCGAGUUAUAGCUUGCGACGACGACUUCAUCGAGAUACGUUCGGUUGAUCUACGCAAGAAGAGGAAGCUUGAGCGUGUCAGACAGAUGCCAAGCGAUGAAACUGAAGUCAUUGUGUUGGACUAA